AUGACCAUCAAGGAGAAGAGAGCAUUCAACGAGACGGACGAAAUUGUGAUCAGCAAGCAGAAGGUACGCGAAAAAAACAGGCGAAACAUUUAUUAUAGGGGCACCGGACAGAAAGGGCGCGCUGUUCGCAAUCUUUCCGAACUUCUAGACCGCGAAGUAAUUUUCCACUGAAAACGUGGCCUAACUUUUCAAACUCGGCCCCGAGGUCGCUCAAUUUGCACUGCAAAAAGAAUUUCUCAACAGAGCGCCAUUUCUGUGCGGUGCCCCUAUAAUAAAUACAAAAAUCGCGCACGGUCUCCAGAGCUGACAAUGGGCGCAAGUGCGCUCCGCCCAAUAGAGCGAUAGAUUGGCGCGAAAUUUAAAUUUUAACAGCAAAAUUUGUGUUUUUUCCCAGAUUAGCCACGAAAAAUCGAUAAUUUCUCAUUUUUCUCUCGAUACACCGAUUGCAUAGGCUAUUACGAAUUUUUUAAGCGCAAGAGCGUUAAAUUUGGUCAAGUCGCAAACCACAUUUAUCCGUUUGAAGGUUUUUGGCUAAAACUGCGUGAAUUUCAGUUGCUUUUCGGUAAUUUUCGCGUUUCGAGCGCUCAAAAUGCUUGUAUUUACGUGAUUCAUCAUUCUCAAAACCAAUUCUGUCUGAAAACGGUCAAGAAAGCGCAAAAUGAGAAGUUUUUGGGCGGCGAAGGCGAAAAAACAAAGUCCGCGAAAAAUGAGCGCCAAAACGCCAUUAAUUCUGUGAGAAUUAGUGUGUCUUCAUGUCGAACAAUCAUUUUUCAUCGCCUUUGACGACAAAAAUCAGAGAAAACCUGCUCAACUUAUGAAAGCGAAAGCGCCCCAUCUUGUCAGCUCCGGAGACCGUGUACCGUUUUUGAAACCGUUUUCUUUUUUCAAUUCCGCUUGUUCUGCAUGCCUAGAGUAGUCGUUAACAAAAUUGACGGAACAAACGUUUCUAAGAAAAAUGUUUUUAUUGAAAUAAUGCGUUCAGUUGGACAGUUUCGUACUGGAAUGUCUGGCAAAGGCCGGCUGCACUGGCGACCACGCACAACAACUCGCGGAGACUCUUCUGUGCUCCGACUACAGGUACCGUACCCUACAGUAACCGCCGCCCCCGAGACUAUUGUAACCGCGUUUUUCGAAAACAGAGGCCACUAUUCGCACGGAAUCAACCGUCUUCACAUCUACGUGCACGAUCUUAUGAUGAAGUCGACGGCCGUCUCAGGUUUCGCGGCGUUUUGAUGAUUUUUUGAGACGUAUUUGAAAUGCAGGAGCUCCACAAGUGAUCAAAUCGAAAGGAAGUACCGCUUGGGUGGACGGAAACAACCUGCUCGGUCCCGUUGUCGGCAAUUUCUGCAUGCAACUGGCAGUGGAGAAGGUAUUUUUCUCUCUCUCUCUCUCUCAACGUUUUUUUUGCGUUCCCAAAACGACAAUUUAAGGCCAAAGAAUUCGGAAUCGGAUGGGUCGUGUGCCGCAAUUCGAAUCAUUUCGGCAUCGCCGGAUGGUACGCCGAUUUUGCGUGUCGCAAUGGAUUGGUGGUAAUGCUGAGAAGCCCAGAAAUGUGCAGUGCACAAGAAUUAUCGCUUGCCAAAAUUGCAGGGAAUGGCGUUCACGAACACGUCGCCGUGUGUGUUCCCCACCGGAUCGUCCGAGAAAUCGCUGGGAUCGAAUCCGAUUUGUAUGGCGGCGCCCGGAAUGGACGGAGAUUCCUUCUUUUUGGACAUGGCCUCCACUACUGUCGCCUACGGAAAAGUGAGUCCACAAUGUCCUUCUCUUGUACUCCUAACCUCUGAGUUACCCUCAAAAGAGGCCCGAUUUGGGGCCUGAGAGCACCCUGAAAACACCUUAUAUUUGGUAUUUUCCUUUCUAAACAGCAUAAACCCGGAGGCCUUUCAAAGUGACACAGGCACGGAAGCCCAGCCUUCCAAUAAAAAAUUCCCUUGGCGCAAUUCACGUGUGCUAAACAAGGCGCGUAACGCGUAAUUCCGGAGCGUCGUUGUAGAGUUUCUCAUUUCAAUUUUCCCUUUUUUUUGCAUUAUCCCCAUCUUUUCAGAACCAAUCAGUGUCAAAACUUAUGAUAAUGAUUAGAAAUGAAUAAAAAAUGAAAUUUUAACUGCUUCGUCAUCAAUUUCGAAUCGUUUUAUGUGAAAAUUACAGAAUUUUUUUCCUUUUGCAAUCGAAAAUUUGCCUCAAUUAUCUCAAUUCUGUAUAUUUUUCGACGGUUGAGCGCUUAAAAGAUGCGCAAUAAAUUCCUUGUUGACUGGACGGUUCGAAUGCCAGUGUCCGAACUCGAUUCGGCGCAAAUAAUCGUUAAAACUCCGCUUUUUUUCAGUAGUUUUCGACAAAAUCCCUCAAUUUGGUCAAUUCUGAACGAAUCUGCUCAGUUUCGCGCUUAAAUCGAUGCUUUUAACUCAGACAAUCGCUCUACGGUUCGCAAAGAACAAAAUUUGAGUGUUUAUUAAGAGAAAAACGAAAGAUUUCGGGUUUUCAAUUGAAAAAAGAAACUCCGAGUCGACGGUGAAUGCAAGCGCGCCCCAUUGACAACUCGCUUGCGCAUUGGAAUGCUGGGGUUCCGUGACAGGUACAUCAUUUCUACCUAAUAAGUGAUAAAAAUGCCAAAGAUUACGAUCGUCACAAGUAAAGCGACAAGAAAUAAGGUAAAAGUAAUGUGGAGCGAUUCAUUGAAAUUCUGGAUGGCCCAGAAUCUCGACUAUGUUUUUUGCAGAUUGAAGUGGCGGAUCGUAAGGGUGAAACGUGGAUUCCGAGUAGUUGGGGAGCCGACAAAAACGGAUCGGAGACGCACAAUCCGAAGGAGGUACUCGAGGGAGGCGGACUGCAACCACUCGGAGGAGCCGAGAUCACCGGCGGCUACAAGGGUGAGCAAUUCAAACCAAUAUAUCUCAGUAGCGGAUGGAGGUAUAAAAAAGUUGUCAACUGAUAAAAUGUUCGGUAUAAAAUUGUGUACAUUCUCGCAGUUGACAACUUUUCGAUAACUCCACAGACAGCUGAGAUACAUGCCUCGAUUUUUGAGGCACCGGACUGUGCAUGAUGGUCGAGGUUUUGUGCGGAAUAAUGGGCGGUUCGGCGUUCGGCAAAAAUAUUCGACAGUGGCAGACGACGAGCAAAACCGCCGAUUUGGUGAGUAAAAAUGAGUGUGAGCGGACGGGAAUUGCAAGAAAACGCGCCGAUUUGGUGAGUGCCAUCGAACUGGUAGGUCAGGCGUUUGUUUGCAUGUUUCGCAUGAUUUUCGGUCGCAAAUCAACGAAAAAUUGCAAGUUUUGAGCGAAAAACGACGAAAUUUUAGGUUUCUCUGCAUGUUUUCGAAUGGAAAAUCGCAAAUUUUCAAUCAAUAACCCGGUUUUCAGGGUCAAUGCUUCGUGGCCAUCGAUCCGGAGUGUUUUGCGCCCGGAUUCCCGCUCCGUCUCCAGGAAUUUUGCGACGAAACUCGCAAUUUGACGCCGAUGAACCCGUCGAGACCGCCGCAAGUGCCGGGCGAUCCGGAACGGGCUCACAUGAACAUGUGCGACGAUUUGGGAGGCAUUGUCUACAAAAAGAAGCAGCUGGAUCACUUGGUAACUUUUGAAAGCAGUUAAAAUGUUGUUGACGUGGCUUAGAAAACUUAGAGCUUAGAAGGCCAUGGAAUCUUUUUUUUGCAUUCGGCACAUUCCUCAGACACAAACCAAAAAUUACCGUUAGCUCUUCGACCAUGAUAACAUUGUAUUAUGCAGAAAAGUCUCGCCGACCGUCUGGGAGUGAUAAUGCGACUGGUGGACGAGAAGACUCAGUGA